AUGAGUUUGAGCAAAGAAAGACAUACAGUGACCCGGGAUGAUAGUGCUGAUACUACUCAGCGAAGUGAAGAUAGACAGCAGCCAUUGCAAUGUCAACCACUGCCCCAAUCAGAGCUUAAUCUGGUUGAGUUUGAUAUUGGCAUGGAUCGCGCAUUCGACACUAUGAUGAUAUUUGAGGGAUGCAAUAGUCCUCCCGGGGAAGAAGAUCGCGACCUCCUACUUGAUUUUAGUGAAAGUGUCAUCGAGUCCAUGAUUUCAGACAGCAACUCGAACUUGAGUCAUGAGGCUUUUUUUUGUCAGAACCUUUUCCGAGACUACAAACCGGCUGUGGAUGUAUAA